AUGGCGUUUUCCCUCCUGAUCCUCUUACUCCUUUGUGAAGCAACUUCGUCCAACUCGAUUCGAGAAGGAGAAGAGCAGCUGCGUCAGAGAAUUCUAGAACUACUGAAGCCGACCCACGUACUGGAUCUCGCGAGGGGGACUCUGAACGUGAGCGUGGACAUCAUCGUCGACUCAGUGACCGACCUCAAAAUACUUCGAAUGGAGUUCGAGGUCAGGUUGAGGCUCUUCCUCACCUGGGAACUCAAUGACGACACGCUGGAAAUUUGUUAUCUGGAGGCUGAAUCAGCGGGAGCCAGUCGUCUGUCUGUGGAUCAGGGUCACGUCGUCCUCGCCACGGACGAUGUUUAUUUCGAAGAGGCCAAGUUGAUCACAGUUCCGUCAGAGACCGUGAGGCCUGUGGGCGUCCGUUAUUACCGCGAUGAAAGAACAUCAAGAUAUUACAAGGAAUUCUCUGGAACAUUCGUGGUCUCGGUCGGCUGCAAUCUCGAUCUGACGCGAUUCCCCUUCGACGAGCAAUUGUGCCCCCUGACGAUCAGGAGCUUCUCACAUCGAAAUUACGAAGUCGGCAUCUAUCCGCGAGGUCUUGUGGUGGAUGAGGAUUUGGAACUGAGUGAAUACACUCUCACGAUCAGGAUGUCUUCUCAAGAAAUCCAGCAUCCCUCGUGGGGUAGCCGUGGCGGAGGAUUGGAGCUCAUUCUAGAGACCUGUUCGAGCAGGCUAUCAGCCCGAGACGGCGUAUUCCAAGGAGUUCAGCUUUCCUUCCGCUUCGCUCGUCGGCUACCGCAUCAGUUUCUGAUUAUGUAUCUCCCUUCUCUGAUAAUCGUUGGUGUUGCAUCUCUGUCUUGGCUGCUCCCAUUGAGCGCAUCGAUCGAAAGGUUGACUCUGAUUAUCACGGUCACUCUGGUCAUGUAUACUCAACUUGGAAAAAUUCGAUCGAGCGUGCCCACUACCUCAUACGUCACGUUCGGUGACAUCUGGAUUUUCGCAUGCACGCUUUUCGUUUUCGGAGUCACGGUAGAGUGUUCCGUCAUGGAAGGACUCUACGAGAGGCAGAAGCGGAAGGAGAACAAAAACGUAAGGAUGGCUCCGCAAGGACGAUGA